UGAUGCGUUUAAACGGGAAAUGGUACAGUUUCUUCAGGUAAAAUAAUGGUGUCCCCGCGUUCCUCCUGAAACGCGCGGGAUGCGGGAUGCUGCCGGAUGGACUGGGAUCGAUCCCGUUGUAGCCUCCCUCGCUCCUUCACGGCCUCCGGCCUCAGCGGAGACAGUCGCCUUCUCUGCCGGCCAAGGGCUGCCCUCGCCCACAUCUUUUGGGGUUAAACCCCCUGGAAAUGGGGUCCAUGUGCGGGUGGGGCUGGCCGCCGCCGGCUCCGGCCCCACACAACGGCACAGGCGGGGACAGGGACGCGGCCUGGCUGCGAGAGUCGGGAGGAGCCGCUGCAGGUUUGGGUGGCCCUUGAUGGCCUGUGGUGGCCCUUGGUGGCCUAGCGCACAAUGGAGAAGGUCCGUCACCCCGCGGGCGAGACCAGGCCGGCGGGGCCGGGCACGGCCCCUUUCCUUGCGGGCCCCCCCGGCCCGCCGUGCCCGCCGCAGGCCCGCUCCCGGCCGGCGCUUCCCUCAGGGGCGCGGCGCGGCCUCCCCGGCUGGCGGGGGCGGCGCUGCGCGGGCGCGGAGGCGAGGCGCAGAUAAGGCCGUCGCCCGCCGGGGCUGGCAGACGGCCGGCGGGGACGGGAAAGGCCGGCGUUUCCUCUGGGGGAGCCGGUCCCGGGGCGGGGGUGGCGGUGGUCGCGAUGCGGGCCGCUUGGGUGCUGCUGACGGCGCUGGCCGCCCUGUCCGCCUACUACGUGUACCUGCCGCUGCCCGGCACCGUGUCGGACCCCUGGAAGCUGAUGCUGCUGGAUGCCACCUUCCGGGCGGUGCAGCAGACGUGUCACCUGAUUCACUAUCUGAGACUCAGCCAUCACUUGAUAGUUCUGAAUUAUUUGAUUUGUACCUUUGACAAGCUGAAGUCUGUCUCCUCCGAAGACAUUAACAUCACGGAUGCUGUUUUUGACGGUGUGGAAGUCAGAGUGUUUGAACCUCCUGCGAAGGGAGAUGAAGAGCUCAAGCGCAGCGUUGUUUACAUCCACGGAGGGGGCUGGGCCUUGGCAAGUGCAAGAACAAGCCUUUAUAACAAUCUCUGCAGAAUCAUGGCUGAAUCUCUCAACGCUGUCGUUGUCUCAGUUGAAUACAGGCUGGUACCAGAGGUGUGCUUCCCCGAGCAAUUCCAUGACGCUCUUCGUGCUACUAAGCAUUUUUUGCAGCCUGAUGUCUUAGCGCAGUAUUCAGUUGACCCAAGUCGAAUUGCAAUUUCUGGCGAUAGUGCAGGAGGAAAUUUGGCAGCUGCUGUGUGUCAGCAGCUUAGCAAAGAUGAGCAUUUGACGAUCAGACCGAAACUGCAGGCCCUAAUUUAUCCAGUCCUUCAGGCAUUUGACUUCAAUACACCUUCUUAUCAGCAGAACAUGAAUAUGCCCGUUCUUCCUCGUUAUGUCAUGAUCAACUAUUGGAUAGAUUAUUUCAAUGGUAAUUAUGACUUGGCUCACUCGCUGCUGAUUAACAACCACACUGCUCUUGAUGUUGGCCAAGCUCUGUCUUUCAGAGGACGUCUGAACUGGACGUCUCUACUGCCUUCAUCCUUCAAAAAGAACUACAAGCCUGUAAUACAAACCACAGGCAAGGCUGAAAUCAUCCAGCAGAUACCGGCGCUGCUUGAUGUACGAGCAGUCCCGCUCCUUGCAGAAAACGAAACUCUGCGGCUGCAGCCAAAGACGUACAUCCUGACCUGUGAGAACGAUGUCCUGCGCGAUGACGGGGUGAUGUACGCCAAGCGCUUGGAGAACGCCGGUGUGGAAGUCACGCUCGAUCACUUCGAUGACUGCUUUCAUGGCUGUAUGAUAUUCACCAUUUGGCCUACUGAUUUCUCGGCAGGCAUUCAGACCAGGAACAGCUAUAUAAAAUGGCUGGAUGAAAACCUCUGAAGAGAGGGUCUCUCUAGAAGACACGGGGUGUGCAACUCUGGUGUCUGCUCUCGCAAAAGAGCGAACAACGCAAAAGUGCACUUUUCCAAAUUCAGACUUCAUCUGUUCGGCUGCAGCUGCUGGGGGUCACAGACCACGAACUGCAGCAUUCGCUGGCUCCAUUGGCCGUGCCCAGCAAAGGAUUUUGAGAAAUACUUUUUCUAACUUAGAUUAUUUUUUUUUUCCCCCCACCUUCUUUCACUUGACAAUUGCCAAACAUAAACAAAUGUGGAGCCGGGAGAUCAGCAUUCCUGUAGCAUUCUUAACUGGCUGGAACUUCUCAAGCUUUGACUCUUAAUUAGGCACAAAGGCCCCAAUUUUCAAAUGAAGUGAGGUAAAGCCAACCGCCUACAUCUACAUCUGAAUAUGUAAAAAAGGGAGCUAGUUCUCAACAGUGGUGAGCACUUGAUGGCAAAUAAGCGUGAGCACCCUCACCUUUGACAGCAGAGCCAUGCAUUUGAAUGCCAAGCAUGGAUUUAGGUGUUGGCUUUUAGGCACAUAGACAAAUGGCCUUCUUAAAUUAAAAAAAAAAAAAAACAAACCAACAACAAACAACACAACAACCAAGAAAAAGCUCCUCUAGGCAGUUAAGAUGAUGCUAGACAAGUCUCCGAGCCAAACAUGUCAUUCAGCUUUGGAAUUUGGUCUUUAUUGCCUUUUAGUUAAUUAUAUUUUAUAAAAGCACAGGACUAAAUCUAUUUUCAAUAAAAAGUGUUACAGCAUACGUACAAAUACAUAGGAUAAAAUACUUCAUGUAGCAGCAGAAUCGAAGUUGUUUAUGUGAGUGAGCUUCAGAGCUGACUACUUAUUUGGCUAAAGAAUGUGAUUUCAUCUCUUUAAAGCCUCAGCUUCAUGACCUCCUUACAGAAAAUACUGAGCUUACUUAAAAAAGAAAAAUCUACUGUGUGGUUUGCACUAAUGUUUGUAAUUAAUAGUAGGUUUUGUUCCUUGAGUUUGCAUUUGUGCUUGUACUGUUUAUUAUAUUUCAUGCUUCCUGCAAGGAGGGAAGCAAGCGCACAGAAGUGGGCUCUAAUCCAUACGGGAGACUUCAGUCCGAGCUUUGCAGCUGAACUUUGUCUUGUAGACUGACCCAAAACUCUAGGUAAGAUGGGUCUUGCUCUUGUGCAACAAUUCCCCACAGUUUCAGCCAGUCUGUAAAUUCCAGAUAAGCAGGACAGGGAAGUGAAACUGCUUACACCAGUGUAUGUUUUCCAGGAUGCUUAGUGCUUGCAGAAAUGAAAGUUGUGUCAAAAGCCCCGUGUUUCUAGGCAAAGGGGAGAGAGUGGCUGCCCCACGACUAAACUAGUGGAUUAAAUUCAUCCUCAGCUUUACCACAGAAUUCCUGUGGGAUCCCAGGAGAACAACUUCAUCUCCUCAUGCCUCACUUUCUUCUUCUGCAAGAGAGGGAGCAGGAAUUUCCUACCUCACAAGGGAGCUGGGAAGCUGAAUCCGCAGGCCUUGGUGAAGCACAUGGACGUGACAGUGACUGGCAGGCACUGAACCAGCUCCCGUAGCUUCUGACUUUCCAUCCUUCUCUCGUAGCUGGCUCCGAGCAUCCUGCCCCGUGACGGGUGGUGUCGCGAGGCUGCUGGUCCUCCUGGGCAGGUAGCUCAUCCGUCCUGGCUCCUCUCAAAGUACCCCGAGGUGAUGCUGCGUGGCUGGUGGGAUAUCAUGACAAAGGCAAUUUCAUUACAGCGUUUCUUAUGGCAGGACUCUGAAAAGUUGUUAAAAAAAAAAAAAAAAAAAAAGGCACUGGUAGAUCAAACUGCCUUCUGUCACUUCAAAUACAUACAGACCAGUCCACUUUCACCGGUAUUUAAAUUAAAUAAGAGAAUGGCUUUGCUGAAUCAUUGCUUCCUAGAAGCAUCAGGUUGUUAAUGCGGUUGGAUGUAUUAAGAAAAGCUGUGACUGACGGAGGCCUUGAUGUAGGCUCAGUCACGCACGCUGAAACUCAUUUCUGGGCAUAGGUUCACACGGAGGGCACAAGGCAAAGCUUUUUCAACAGUGGCCCGAUUAUUCUUCCAUUUAGAUAGUUACAAAGACUCGGUGGAAUUAGAGCAGCUGAGUGACAAUCUGAAUCAGGAUAAAUUUUGGUCAAAAUACCCAAUUAACACUGCAGAAGAAUUCAAACUCUCUUUUUCUGGAUUUAAACCCUCUUCCCUCCUUUCCCCCAUAAACCCAAUUUACACUUAAAACAGACAGCAACCAAAGUUACGUCCAUUCAAAAGACAAAUUACUAAUCUGCGGCAGAAUCCUUUCCCCUCUAUGGACGCAGCUCCAUUUACCUAUUUUUUUUUAACUCUUCAAAUCAUAGUUUACCGUUACACUGAGUUGUAACAACAGGCUCCUUCCUGGCUUUCCCACUUAAAGAGUAAACCCGUGUCAGAAAAGAUGUAAUUUAUAUCCACCCGCCCUCAUUAAAAGAUAGUAGUAACUGUAGUACUGGAAAAGAAGUGGUUAAUAUUCCUAUAAAUUCUAGAAUAAUUAAGUUUUCCUGACAGCUGUCUGCAAAGCUUUAGAUCCGCGUUUGUUUAUAGCUAAGUUAUAAAUAUCUGCUAUGAAGCUAUAACAUAAUUGCUGCUGUUUGUUUUUUUUAACUGAAAUGAAAUGGAAAGCUGGAAAAUGUGUGUGUGUAUAUAUAUAUAUUCAUGGAGUCGGUUGUAAAUUUCCUUCACGCACUGAAGCACAUUAAAGUCUUGGCACAAGAAAUGGUAGUAAGUAUAUAACCGGACUGAACGUGUUUACCAAGUCAUCGCCAGCGUGACGCGACAUGCGAGAUGGCAGCACAGCUUGGAUGAGAUGUGACAGUAUUAACUAGUUCUAUCAAAAUACCUUGACUACGCUUUUCACGCAGCUGUGUGGUUUAAGUACGUGAUGGCUCCAAAGAUACGUGAUGGAUCCUACAACAUAAAAAAAAAAGAGGUCUGAGUUCCAGCUAUAAAAAGACCUUUUAGUAUAUAGCCGCAGAAGACACUUGAUUAAAAUUCAGUAUAAACCUUUAAGUGUUAGUCCAAACUCAGUUUUCCUCCUAUUUUGCAGUUCCCGCGCCCAAAAGUUGAAAGUUUAGGGUUGUUUGCAGCUUGGGUGAGACACGACAGUAUUAACUAGUUCUAUCAAAAUACCUUGACUGCUCUUCUCACGCAGCUGUGUGGUUUAAGUACGUGAUGGCUCCAAAGAUAUGUGAUGGAUCCUGUAAUGUAUAAAAAGAGGUCCCCGGCUAUAAAAACACCUUUCAGUGUAUAGCCGCAGAAAACACUUGAUGAAAAUUCAGUGUAAACCUUGAAGUGUUAGUCCAAACUCAGUUUUCCUCCUAUUUUGCAGUUCCCAUGCCCAAAAGUUGAAAGUUCAGGGUUGUUUGCAGUUGAGCUGCCGGCAGCGGAGCGGUAACUCAGCCGGGGCCAGCGGGCAGGGUUACAGAGAGCUGCUGCCUGAGAGCAAGAAACUAAGAUGAAUACGUGUUACACCACCUCGAUUUGUUCAUGGGGUUCGUCCCACGUCUCCUGAAACAUCUCCUCGGGCAAACCCAGCACCUUCGUUCCUUGGGUAUUUCCCAGAGCAGCGUAGGGCACUUCGCGUAUUACAGGAUCAGAUCAAGUAUUUGUAACAAUAUUUCACCUGUGCGUAGUAAAAAGUUGGUCUUCCAAAAGAAGAUAGUCAAUAAAUUCGUCUACUUGUCUUUUCAUUAAAUCAGCCAGUAUGGCUAACUACUUUUUAAAGAUCGCUUCCCCCCCCCCACCCCCCGCUCCUUUCAUUAGUCUUUUCUCCCCAUCGCAAUAAUAUCUUGUUCCUGAUGGCCAUCAAAGUGUUCAAAUGUAAGCUUUAAAAAAAAAAAAAGCUCACAGAACCUAUAGUCAUUUGUGUCUUACUCUCACAGACCUGGGGGGAACUACAUUAGCAGGUCCCCGGUAUUUUGGCCAAUGUCCACAGGAAUAAAGGGAGGUUUUUGUCUCUCUAGUUUAGGACCCCUUAAAGGCUGGGUGUUCCGGCGUUUCUGAAACCCAAACUCAUUUAAAGAUGUUUCACGGUGCGUGAAAAUCACAAAUAAGUCAAAUUUCCUAACCUUCACCUAAGUAAUUCCAAAAUUGCAUCCCUAGCCAAAGCAGAAAGGCAUUGUGGGUUUUAAGCCCUACAAAUAAACUAAAAAGAAAUGGUUUAUCUUUAAAACGUUCUUUUGUAGUGUUUGGGCUCUAUAUUUUUUUAAUCUUUUACAAGCGUUAUUAGAAACUGUUUCAAACAAAACUACUAGAAGUAGGUUAACCGGCGUUAAACCUUUUAAGCUGCUAUGAUCUGUAAUGAUGCUGCUGCGUAAAAAAAAACCCCAAACCAGGCGGUUUUACUGUUCUCUUAUUUAUGAUGUUCAAAACCCCCCAGUACGACGCAUUUGAUGCGCAUGCAUUCAAUAUCUUACGCAUGAGCGUUGGGGUUUUUUUGCAUCCUUCCCAGUGCAGGGGAAAGAUCUUGUAAGAUCUAAUGAGCAAGUGUGAUCGAGGUGUGCUAGCAAAAUGAAGAACAAAUAAAUAAAGUGAAAUAUA